AUGUCCCGCUACCUGCGCCCCCCUAACACGUCUCUGUUCGUCAGGAAUGUGGCCGACGACACUAGGUCUGAAGAUUUACGGCGUGAAUUUGGCUGCUAUGGUCCAAUAGUUGAUGUCUAUGUUCCACUUGAUUUCUACACGCAAUGUCCAAGAGGAUUUGCUUAUGUUCAAUUUGAGGAUGUUCGUGAUGCUGAAGAUGCUUUACAUAAUUUGGACAGAAAAUGGAUUUGUGGACGUCAGAUCGAAAUACAGUUUGCACAGGGGGAUCGGAAGACACCAAAUCAAAUGAAAUCCAAGGAAGGAAGGAAUGUGUACAGUUCUUCACAUUACGAUGAUUAUGACAGAUAUAGACGUUCUAGGAGCCGGAGCUAUGAAAGGAGGCGAUCAAGAAGUCGGUCUUUCGAUUACAACUAUAGAAGAUCUUAUAGUCCUAGAAACAGUAGACCGACUGGAAGACCACGACGUAGCAGAAGCCAUUCCGACAAUGAUAGACCAAACUGCAGCUGGAAUACCCAGUACAGUUCUGCUUACUACACUUCAAGAAAGAUCUGAAAGCGGAAAAAGAACCAAAGAAGGGCAGUUCAAGCGACCAAAGGGUGGGUGGAAGGUGCUGCAGUAUGAAUGCUGUACGAAUAUUUUGACUGGUAUGAAAACAUAAAAGAAUUAUCGAAAACUACAUGGAAUAAUUGAAGUCCCUUCAAGUUUGAAAGUAAGCAUUUUAGGACAAAUAAAAGGAAAUUCAACUUUGUACUUGUGGAAACUAAUCCCUAAAUAUGAACAGGUUUAUAUUGAUUCAUGGGUAACAGGUCCAUAACUUAUUUAAAACUAGGAUGUCUGAGUAUCAAGGAAGACAGCCAUAGUUUUUUUAACAGUGCCUCUAUUGGUCUGUCUCAAACUGAAUGGGGUGGGGGUGGGGAUAAGGUCCAAUGUAAAGUUUUUCUUGGUUAUUUCUUUAAAUCAUUUCCAUUUAUGCCAUUUUUGGCAAAUCUUGCCUUUGUUUAUUCGGGUGCCAGUGUUUUCUGCUUAAUCGUUUGCUUUGUUGGCAUCUGAGUUCAUUGACUUAUAUAGCUCAUACGGUUUACAUCACCAUUAACCACUCACUGUCCCAGGUAUAUUCCAAGUAUACUUGACAUCCAGCCAAGAGGGCCCAUCACUUCUCACCUCUUCCCGAAACAGAAUGUCAGCAGAUACUUAAUCAAGUCCUUACUAUGGGCAAAAUGUCACAUGGGGUAACUGGGGAGAAGAAUAGGUAUUUGCUUUAUUCUGUAAAUGUCUACUGAGCACAACCCUAACGAAUCACUGCAAUAUGGCCUUAUUGUUUUGAGGUGUAUUACACAGUAUUUUGCACCACUCAUAUAAUGUAAUUAUAAAUCCAAUAUACUAUCAAAGAUAACUAGUUUUAUGGUUACCUGCCAUUUAAAAACAUCCAGUAUUUUAUUUGCAUCCCAUUAAUACGAAUAAUGAAAAAAUGUUCUAAUCUGUAAUAAACUCAUUUGCUGUGCUGUGACUGUAAUAUACUAGAGUUAUAUUAAUUGUUAACUCUGCCUCAAUCACACGCAUUAUAGGAAAAAAAAUCUCCAAAAUAAGUAUUUAAUUUUGCAUUAGAUAUUCAAGAGACCCUGGGUGCUAUGAUUAGGUUAUUUUGGGGAAGAUA